UGAACGAGUUACGAGACAAGGCAGGGAACCUUCACGAGACUGGGGAAGACCGGUAUGUGGAUUUGGAAGGCACAAUACCAGAAAUGAGGAAACUCUCAACUGAGAAUACGGAAACUCUCAACUGUGAAUACGGAAAUCCAACGUGUGAAUGCCAUGUAAAUAAAAGUGUAUGUAUUUUCAACCUUGAGAUUGACGAAAUUCGAACCUUCACCAGCUACCAAAAGUUAUCAGUGGAUGAACCUACAGGAAUAGCGAUGCGAGGAUCCCAAGGAGUUAUUUAUUAUUUUGAAGACGAUGGGUCACUUACACCGCUCCAGGAUGACAGAACAUGUUCAACACAGGACAGCACCGAUUGCACUCAUCCCCAGUUUGUAGAUGGCAAAACGUACCGCAUAGCAAUAGCCGUUAACGGACAAAUUCCUGGACCUAACUUAAUAGUUCAUGAAGGUCAAAGGGUCAUUAUUCAUCUUCAUAACAAUCUCACCACUGAAGGUAUUUCAAUUCACUGGCAUGGGAUGCAUCAGAAAGGAACACCUUGGAUGGAUGGCGUAGGGCAAGUGACUCAAUGUCAGAUAGGACCCUCAUCGACCUUUACAUACAAUAACACCGCUCGGCCUUCUGCAACGUUUUGGUACCACUCUCACAGUGGUGCUCAAAGAACAGAUGGCUUCUAUGGUGCACUUAUAGUCAAAGAAAAUAAAACAAGGUUGGAGGAAAUCCAAACUGAACUAGAAAUUAGUUUUAAAGACUAACCACAUCAACACACCUUAACGCUUCUAGACUGGCAACAUGAGGCAUCCCUGGACCUGUUCACACAGACCCAGGCAGCCUUGGGAUUUUAUCCAGACAAGCCCCAUGACGAAGUACCUACUCGAGCAGAUCAAAGGUAUAAUGGUACACGUAGUUUUGACAAUGGAGGGGCUGGGCCUAUGCAGUACUUUUCUGGAAUCAUAAAUGGCAAAGGCAGACAUGAUGACGUUAAAUACAAUAAAACAAGACUGAGUAUAUUCUCUGUUAGCUUCGGAGAGACUCGCUUUCGGCUUAUUGGAGCCCAAGGGCUUUAUUCUUACAGUUGCUCCAUUGAUGACCAUAAACUGACUGUGGUCAACACUGACGGCUACUGGUUUAAACCCGUAAAAGAUAUUAAUUACAUCAUGAUACAUCCCGGAGAGAGAUAUGACUUUUUACUCAGUGCAAAUGACGAACUAAAUCUUACAGACUACUGGAUGCGUGCAGAGACUAUGGAAAUUAAUCAAACUAGGAGUGGGCCACCCUACGAGUCAUUAGGACAUGUGGCAGAAGUUAUUUUGCACUACGAACAGCACGACGGUUUGGAUCCGGAUGACAAUGAACCAUCGAGUGAAUAUGAAAAAAUAAAAAACAGAAUGACAGUUUCUAUUAUAGCAGGCUCGUAA